AUGUCGUACCUCCAAGCGCAAGCCCAGUCCUUCUUGGAGCAGGUCAAAGAAGUCAUACCACAUGUGGCCGAUGCUGUUCUCAAUAUUCCUUGGUUGCAAGUCUAUCUUGCACUGUCCGCAGCCGCGACACUCCUCAUUAUUGCGCACCGUCUGUCUCAACUCGCGGUUCUGAAGUCAUGGUUGAAGACACGAUCUCGCUCGCUAGAUGCCGUGAAGCACACCGAGGCUUCUAAGCAAGUAGCGAGGCGAGUGAAGCCCGUCGAUCGACCUCCAGGAAAAUGGCAACCCAGCGACUUCCGCCGUCCUCAGGCACAACCGUACCCAGACUGGUCAGUCGCAGACUCAUCCCCCAAGCCGUAUCGCCCAUUCCGCUACGGCACAUACCACAUCACAAUGGGCCUCCGAAACAUGCACUGGGACGAAUGGAUCGAGCUCGACAGCCACUACCUUCGCUACCACAGCGAUAAAGCCCGCCGAAUAGCAGAGCGCGGCUCCAGAUGCAGCUACACAAAUCCAUCGCCUCGCGUCUUUGAUGGCGCAGUCGAACUCCUCGAAGAGCUCGCCUCCUACCUCGCAGAACGCUACCCGAGCAUCUUCACCAGGACUUCCGUCGGCAUCGAUAACACUCUCACGCACGAGAGCUUUGACAUUCGCCCCGAUCACCUCACUAUGAAUGGCGGCAAGGAAGACCCCAUGCAACUCUGCGCCCGCCUUGUACAGGACGACCUCGCCAUCAUGUUCGAGAAAGAAGAUGGCCAGUACUACCUCCUUGCUGGCAGUAUUCUCCUAGCCGGGUUCUGGAGACUGGAAGACAAGCUCGGCAUGCCAUUGAGUGAGAUUCACACUUCUGGCGACGUACCGGGCUACAAAGAGAAGUUGGAGAAAGGAAUGAUGAACUUCUUCCGAAGAGUACAGCCAGAGAAACCAGUCCUUCGCAACAACUACUUCAUCCAAGUCGACGACAACCUCGCCUGGUCACACAGCAUCGGCAGCGAAGACGCCGAAACGGUUUCCUGGUCCACCGCGGAGAAGAAUAAAGCCAUUGAAAACCAUUACUUCCGCUCGGAGCGACAGAGUCUGAGACGACUUCCGAGGAGUGGUGGUGUGGUGUUUACGAUUCGGACGUACUUUCAUCCUAUCACUGAGAUCGCGGAGGAGAAAGGUGUGCCGGGAAGACUGGCGAGUGCCAUUAGGAGCUGGGGGAAUGAUGUGUCGAGGUAUGAGGGUAGGGAGAGGUAUGGGAAGUGUUGCUGGAGUAUUUGGAUCGAAAGCAUGAGGAGCAGGGCGAGGGUGGAUUGA